UGUUGUUGUUAUUGUUUUGGUAGAUGGGUUUGUUGUGAUGUUGUUGUUUUUGUUGUUUUCAUUGUGUUUUAUUAUGAAUUAUUUUGUUGUUUGUAGACAGAGUUCUGUUUUAUCAUAUCGCCGAUAUGAUCGGAUUUUAUUUCCUUCGCUACGCCAUAUUGAUAUACUUUUCUCAUUUUAUCAUUCAGCAGUUCCAGCCAAAAUAUCCAUUAAUAAAAGUACUUUUCUCUCUCUCUCUCUCUCUUUAAAACCGUAACAUUAAUAGGCGUGUACAAACGAUCAUUUUUUACAUAACAACAGAUCCUUUGACGCUCAAAUACUCGCACUCUGUUCACAGUCUGUGCCCGCCGCGGCUAUAAAUCACCGCGCAUGCGUGCUGCCAAUCUGUGUCACGAGAGUUUAUCAGAAAGUAAAACUUUAUCAAAUCGGAAACGUUUCAAGUCUGUACUCUCGGGCCCCUGUGCCAAAUCUCGAAUCACGUGAUAAAUAAAGUCAUCAGUUUCCAUUUCCACGCCAGUCACUUGGCCACAGAAGACGCGCGUUCUACGAGUUGCAGACGGUAUAGUCAGCUGACUUCUGGUCUGCCAAGCAGACGACACUCGACUACUGUGAAAACGUAAAAUGAGACUUAUCAUUUUCAAACGAUUGGAAAGACAGUUAAUCUAUGUCUUUUGAGUUUAAGGGAGAAGCAAGAAGAAGAAGAGACAAUUAAAGGAUUGUUUUGAGAUGACAUUGUGACAAACAUUUCUGAGACUUUGAAAUAAAAUUUCAGUGAAGAACAGAGUGAGAUAAAGAAAAAUAUUUUCUUUUUAAAUAUAUAAUAUUUGUGACGCGUGAAAGUUUAUGAGAUUCAAAAACCAGGAUUCUGUUAAACAAGAUUUUUAUGGACCGCCGUGUUAUUAAGGAUGUUUACGAGAUGAGAAAUCUACAAGACUUAGAAAUCAAACUUCUUUGACACUAAACAAAAAUGGCACACGAAUAUUAAAAACGUGUGAGAGACUCCAGACUAUAUAGCAGAUGACUUCUGUGACGGUUAUUAUUCUAAAAAAAAUAAUAAUAAUAUUGAGAGAAGUAAAAAUCAACUUCUGUGAAACGAAACUAUUGAAGACAUGAAACUUGUUAAAUAAAACAGUUUGUGAGAUAAAUGUAUUCAAAACUAGAAAUCAUACAAUGUAAAAUCUGUGAGACGCUAAUAUUAAACAGUUUCAGUAAAACCGGGUUAUUGAAGACAACUGGCAGACAUUGAAGAUAACUAGAGCAUUAAAACUAUUAAGAACAAUUUAUAAUUACAAAAUUAUGAAAACCAGAAAUCUUAUCAAUUAACUAAUCUGCGAGACGGUAAUAUUAAAGACUUUUUUGGCAGACGAGAACUGUGCUGUGAAAUUUGAAAAUUAUACAAUUUGAGACUGUUAAAACGUCUAUGAAACCACACAAUUAAAGAACUUCUGCGAGCUAGAAGAAGAAGAAGAGCUGGGCAGAGAGAAGCAAAAUAACGAGGAAAGCCAACGGAUUCUUCAUUCUACAUCAAAUUGGGGAAUUUUCAAAAUGGCGGAUUAACAGCAGUACGUGACGUCAUGAACAUGCGCAAGGGAUCGAACCAAGCACACGUGGGGGGAAGUCUGGAGGAAUGUCUGGCCACUAUGGGACAGUUCAACAUCGGGCUGGUUAGGUUCUGCAACGCCACCUGGGACGGAAUUCUCUGCUGGCCUCCAACUCUGCCGGGGAUGACGAUCCGACAACAGUGUCCGGACAGGGAAGGUUUCACACCCGACGGAUACGCUUACAAAACAUGCGGCUCGAACGCCAAAUGGUUCGCUCCUGCAGGAGUCGAUAGUGUUAGAGGGUGGACAAAUUAUUCAAACUGCAUGAUUAUGUCGACAUUUCAACCAUCCACGGUAGUUUCUACUACCAAGAAAGAUCCAUUUCCCGAUGGAUAUAUCGGCGGAAGGAACGAAGUAGGCCUGAUAGACGCAGACGACAGAGGGUUGAUCGGAAAUGAAAGUAGCAGCCGAGAGCUGCUGAGUAAUGCUGACGUAGUUGGGAUCGUCUGCAACUCUCUGUCGGUGAUUUUUCUAGUCGCCGCCGUGUUUCUGUUCACGUGCCUCGUCAGACACCGGACCCAGCGCCACAAGAUUCUGACGCCAUUGUUCGUGACGUCAUUACUAAGAUUCGUCGCCCAAUUGGUCGAGUUCGUCAUUCCAUUCCUCGGACAGAGGAACGCCGCUGUCUGCAUGGUCGUUUCCUACGUCACGCACUUCUCCAGUCUGUCGACGUACGCGUGGAUAGUCGUCCUCGGAAUCUACUACCUCUUCGCGGUUCUUGAUGACGUCAUCAAACGAGGCGGGAUGUUCGUGCUGUACAUGGUCGGGUUCGGAAUUCCGGUCGUCUUCACCACCGCGUGGGUCCUCACCGUCACGGGAGUCCUGCCGAGCGAGUUCGCUUCCUGCCACUUUGAAUUCGUCCGUCACGAAUCCAGAUGGAUUUUUGACGCUCCCAAACUCGCUUGCAUUCUGAUGGCAGUCUGUCUUUUGACAGUGUGCGUCUACGCUCUGUGUCGGAGCUCCGCCAAUGAGAUGACGCCGGAAAUGACGUUUGCUUGUCAGGGGACUCUCAGAGCGCUGGCGUUCCUGAUUCUGUCGGCUGCUGUGGAUCUGUACCUCCUUAUAGAAGAGUACAGGGAGCACGCACGGGAGUCGUCACCGCGCUCUGUAUACCUGCACGUCGUUCUGCGGGGAAUUAUGGGUACUGUCAUGGCGGCGUUUCUGAGUUUCUUGGACUCGGAAAUAUGGCGAGGUAGGAGGCAGAGCUCAAGAAACGAAAUUGUAAAUCACGUGGACGCGAGACAAAAUGGCGAAAAACGAAGCGCUUGAUUUGAUGAACAAUCGUCAGUUCUGUACAUACAUUUAGUUUUCAUUGAUUAAAGAGGGUGUAAUGUUGAUGGUUUAAUUAUCACCGACUAGUGUAUAUAUAUAAGCAGGGGACAUUAUGUUCCGAGACAAAAUGGCGGCAAACGGAGAGUUUGAUUCUGUGAACAAUCGUCAGUUCUGUAAAUUCAUUUAAUUUUUACAUUGGUGUGACUUCGAUGGUGUAAUCAUCACCUACAGGGGUGUGUGUGUGUGUGUGUGUGUGUGUGUGCGUGCGUGCGUGCGUGUGUAUGUAUGUAUCUAGUCCUGAGACAUUUUGUUCAGAAUCGCGUCGCGAUGUGCCAAGCAAAGUUCAGAUAUCGCUACAACAUUAAAUGGUAGUUCCAAA